AUGGCUGAAGUCCAACACCCCCGCAUCAUGAGGGCUGCCCAGAUUGUACAGUUCAAGUCACCUCUUGGUCUCAUCCCAUCUCACGAGCCAGCAGGAUGCAUUGUUCAAAUUGGACAUCGAUGCCAUCCUCGUUGGAAGCUUGGUCAGAGGGUCGGUGUCCUCAACUUCAAGAAUGCCUGCGACCAAUGCGCUGGUUGCAAGACAGCAAAGCAAGUACUGAAUCACUUGGAUCCGAGGUAUUGCGACAACCGAGAGACUGCAGGAUUCCAACACGAUGGAGCGUUUGCGGAAUACAUGGUCGCCGACCCAGAAACAACCGUGUUACUCCCCGACAGUCUUUCUUUCGAGCAGGCGGCGCCACUAAUGUGCGCGGGUGCCACUGUCUGGGGCUCGCUCGAAAGAGCAACCCAAGGCCUAGAACAAGGCAGUGUUGUGGCUGUCGUAGGCAUCGGUGGCCUUGGGCAUUUGGGUAUCCAGUUCGCCAAGGGCCUCGGUUUUCGAACCAUUGCCGUAGAUAGCCGCCCAGCGGGCAGGCUAUUGGCCAACGAAACAUCGAACCCAGCUUUGCGUCCAGAUCUUGUAAUAGACUCGGGCAGUCCCGACGCCGACAGGCGGAUCUUCGAGUUUACAGAAGGCCAGGGCGUUGCGGCAGCUAUUGUCUGUACAGACUCAUUGAUUGCUAACGCCUGGGCCCUCAAGAUCCUUCGCAUGGGUGGCUCCCUGGGGAUUCUGGGCCUUCCCGCAGAGCAGUGGAGGUUUGAGGCCGACUUGAUCGUCUUCAAGGAGUUGACACUGAGAGGGACGUAUGUCGCAAGCAGAGUCGCCACGGAAAGAAUGAUGGAGGUCGUUAGCCAAUACGGCAUCGAGUCUCAUUUAGCUAUGGCAUCUUUUGAUGAUAUCCCAGGCAUCGUCGAUGCAUACAAAGAUGCUGAUUUCCGAGGAAGACUUGUAGUCAGGAUAUCGAAGUAG